AUGAAAUAAGAGGACCUAAACUAUUUGACUUAUGGAUCUAUUAUUUCGAUAUCUCAUGUUUAAGAUGAUCAUUCUUUCAUAACAGCAGAUGGUUUUGUCAAGCGGGCUGUAUGUUUAAAGAACUUUGUACAAAUAUACCAUAUAUAUACAAGCAUCACAUAGAUGUCGUAGAUUCAAAAUUUUUAGGUAAAAUGAAAAGCAGACCGUAUUACCACACUCUAUUCUAAAUAUUUCCAAAAUUUACUAAUAAUACAAAGUAAGAAAUUUUAAAGGAACUUAUUGGAGAAGAAUAAGAAGAAGAGGCUUAACCAGCAAUUUAAAAUAUUUUAGAAAGCAUUUAAAAACAUCAGAAAGUUGAUGAAAAGACUAUGAUGUCAAAAGAACAAGUUCAAAAUUUUUCUCAGAAAUUAUUAUAAGAGUUUAAAUAUAAUCUCGACACAUUUGAAAAAGUAAUGCAUAUAUUUAUAAUACUUUAGUCAAAAGCACACAAAGUGUCAUAUAAAUCUCAUAUUUAGUUAUUGCAUUUGGCAUCAUCAAAGUUUUUAGCUUGUCAUUAAAAAGAGGCUAGAGUGGAAAGUUCAAAUUAUAAAAUUACUUUGGAUGAAUUACCUAGUGAUUCAUCAUUAUUUAAGAUAUUGCCAGCUUAUAAAUAUUAGAAAGAAGGUGAAUAAGUUAUUUAUGCAAGUGAUAUUGUUUAUAUAGUAAGAGCUACAUCAUUUAUGAAUAAAUUGACAUUUUUACAUGCAUCAUAAGAGAUGGGAAAUUAUGGUAAGAGUAGGAAAUAGAAAAAGAGUGAUGAAGAUCUAUUGUUAUUAAAAAAUGAUAAAGAUAUUGUAAAAAGAGAAGUAAAUGCAGCAUUAGAUGAAGAGAAUCAAACUUAAUGGAGAAUUUCAGUUUAUUCAGAUUAUGUACCUGAAACAUCUGGAUUUUUGAAAUGUGGUGAUGUAAUUUGGUUACAUCAUUCUGAAACUAAUACUACUAUUGCAGCAACAAGGAAAGGUAAACCUGUAGAUUAGAGGAAUUUUUAAUCAUUUAAUUUAGUUGAAUGGUUAAAAGUUGAAAAUGUGGAAUUAAAUGUAUUGAGUGGAUCAACAAAAGAAAGUUAUGAUGAAUAUACAGGAGAUACACAUUCUAUGUGGAUUAUUGAAUCAGAAAUAUAUAAAGAAGGAGGCAUUGUUUAAUUUGAUAAGAAAUAUAGAUUUAAACAUUUUACAUCAGGAUUAUAUUUAUCAGGAACUAAAGAUAAAUUUACAUUAGAUAAAUAAAGAGUUCCAUCAACAUUAUUUUAUUUUAGUUAAUUAAAGAAUUCUCAAGUUAGAGAAAAAUCUGUCAAAAAAGGAAAUUAUGUUUAUAUUUGUCAUGAUAAAUAAAUACUUUAAGGUAAUAAUAAUAAUAAUAGCAAUGAUGAAAAUAGUUUUUGGGUUGAUAUUUAAUAUGGAAAAAAUUAAAGAUAUAUUCCAAUUCUUCAUUAAGAAUAACAUAAAACAGAUUAAAGUGUUUUUAAAUUAUAUGCUAGUAGUAGUAAUGAUGUUUGGGAGAUUUCUUUUGUUUUAAGUUGUGCUAAGACUCUAACAAAUUAUCUUGAUGAUUUAUAAAAAUUAAAAUGGGAAAAUGAUGCUUCAGAUAAAGAAGUUCUUAAAGAUCAUUUAUUAAAAAUCUAAACAACUAAAUAAUGUAUUGAAGAUAUAAAUGAUUUUUGUAAUAAUAGAUUGUAUAAUUCAACUCCUGAAUAGAAAUAUGGAACUAUCAAUCCAUUUAGAUAAAAGUUAUUAAAGGAAUAAUAUUAUAUUGAUUUAUUGGUUAAAAUAUUAGUUUAACAAUUAAAACCAGAAGAUCUUAUUAUAUGGAGUAGAAGAUUUAUGAUUAUUUAAAUGCAAGAUAUAUAAUAAUAAUAAGAAAAAAUGAGUAACACAGAAUAAACUAAUAAAAAAUAAGGAUUAAAAGAUCAUGAAAUAUUGGCCUAUAUUGCAUUUAAAAUAACAUUAAAUCAAAGUAUUUAUAUAUUAUUGACUUCAAUUUGUAAAUAAAAUUCUGAAAAUGAAAUGUAUACCUUUGAUUUGAUAGGCCAUUUCUUAGAACAUUGUAGAUAUAUCCCUGAAGCAAUAAAAUGUAUGAUCUCUAUUAUAGGAAACAAUUAAGAAUUACUAAGUCUAUUAUCAGCAAAUAUGAAAAUUGAUUAGAAUCCAAAAGAAUAAGAAAUUUUAGAACCUGAAGAAGAAAAAUUGUAACUUCAUCAUAAUAAAAUUUAAAAUAAUUUUCUUAUUUUCUUUUUAAAUCUAUUAGAAACAGAUGAACAAGCUCAUAAAGCAGAUUUUUUAACAUUCUUAAGAGAAAUGUGUAUUUAUAAUAAUUAAGGCAUCAAUUCAAAUUAAGAAGCAAUUUAUAAAUUAUUAAAAAAGCAUAAUCAUAAAAAGAUUUAAUUAAUUAAAGAUCGUGAAGAUCCAGAUAAAAUAUCUUUAAAAGAUGGGAAACUACUUAUACCAUUCAAAUUAUAGAAUGACCCUAAAGAAAUGUACUUUAUUAAUGAGUAAUUGCAAUUUUAUGCUGAUGUAUCUUAUGGGAGAAAUCAUUUAUGGAAAUAAGAAUUGGAAUAAUAUUUUAGUAAAGACUUCUUAUUUCAAAAUAUUUGGUAAGAAGAUGGUAAUAAAACUUAUGCAGUACUUUAAGCAGCUUUGUGUAAAAUUGCUAUGAGUCUUUAUAUUGAUCAUGAUCCACUUAAUAAAGUUUAAUUACCUAAAUAUUGUAAUCUUUAUAAAAGUAUUGAUUAGGCAAACGAAGCUCAUAAUAUGGGAUUAUAUACUUCUUUAAUUGAAGACUUAUUCAAAUAUUUAUAAGAUAAUAAAUAAUAAAUAAUAUUGGCACUUGAUACUAAAGAUAAUAAUGAUAACAAUAAAGAUUAUGAUGCAUUAGAUGCAAAUGAUGAAAAAAGUUUAUUGAUUAAUGAAUUACUUUACAAUUCUUGUUAAAUGUUAUUAUUAGUAUUAGAAUUAGAUGUAUUUUCACUUUUAGAUAAAGAACCUAAUAAUUACUAUAAACAAAUAAUUGAUAUUGUUAUUCAUUAUUUUUUUUAUGAUUUUACUUAAUUACCUUUGAUGAAAAGUGUAUAUAAAGUAUAAAAAUCAGAAAUUACUCAAAGAAAAUAAAGAAAAGAAGUAAAUCCUUUAGGAAUAGGUUUAAAUUUAGGAGCUAAUCUUAUGAGUAUGGCAAAUCCAAUGAAUUUAGGUUUGAAUCUAAAUCUUUUUGGAUCAGAUGAAGAAUAAAAAUCAGAAUCUGAUGAUGAUGAAUAAAUUGAUGAAGGUAUUGUUGAUGAUGUUUAAAUGUACACUAAUCCUUUAAUGAGAGGUUUUAUCAAAUUAGAAAAUGAACUCUAAAAUGCAUUAGUAACAAGAGAAGAAACUGGUUCAAGUUAAUUGGAAAUUAAAAUCAAAUUGACUCUUUGUGAUGUAAUGGAUAGAUUUUUAGAUAUGAGAUAAAAUUAUUUAAUGUUGAAUUGUUUAUCAUUUUUCAAAAAAUAAAUUAUUGAAAAAAUGUAAGAAGGGAUUCAAUAAAUUAAACUUUCUAAAGAUGAUUAAAUAUAAGAAAAUUUAGAUGACACAAAAUUAUUAAUAUUUGUAUAAAGAAAGACAGAAUCAAAUUUAUUGGGAUUAUUACCAAAUAUAUCAAAAACUGGUUUAAAAGAGGUAGAUGAAAAAGAAGAGAAAUAAGAUGCAUUUGGUAUUGGAGCAUUAAAUUUUUUAAAUAAAUUAGCAGAAACAAAACCAGAAUCUGAAGAAUUUAAAAUUUUUACUUAGAAUGAAAUGUUAAUAUAUGAUUUAGAUUAAUACUUUUCAUUAAAUUUACCUUAAGAAGAUAUUACUAAGAUAUCUAAUCCAAUUGGAGUUGUUUUACCAUUUUUAUUUACAAAUUUUUCUUAAAUACAUGAAGAAGAAUUAGAAAAAAGAUGUUUGGCUAUAAUUAUGAGAUUGUUUAAUUAGAGAGAAGAACUUUGUAAUAAUUUAUUAAAAUUAUAACUUAUAAGUGAUCCAAUAAAAAGUAGACUAUAUGAAUUCUUAAGUGAAAAUGUAUAAAGACUAAAUCAAUUAGUUGAUAGAUCUGAAGUAUGGCUAGCAGAAUAUAUAAAAAAUUAAAAAUAAGAUGAUUUAGAAGAAACUUUAGAUAUCAUAGAUAAUUUUAGAUAAGGUUUUUUUAAAGAUACUUAAAUAUCCUCUAGAAUUAUUUCAGGAACUUAAGAGAUUGACUCAGAAAAAUAAAAUUUAAUGAAUGCAUUAAAGAUAUAUGUGCCUAUUUUAAAUUUAAUAAGAGAUUAAAUGUCAGCUUUAGAUUUCCAUCUUGAAAAUAUAAAAAAUAUUUAAAGAAAAUAAAGGUUAGCUUAAUUGUUUAUUUAUGCAUUUUAAUUUUUAACAUAUUUUUGCAGAAAUAACCAUGAAAAUUAAAUCCUAUUAUCAUAAUAUAUUUCUUAUUUUGAAAAUAUGCAUUUGGAAGUAGGAUAGAUACCAUUAAUUUGUGAAAUUUAUAAAGAUAAUUAAAAACUUUUGACUUCUAUAAAUAGAAAUGAUAGAGUUUUCCAUAGAUUUGUAGAAUUAAUUUAUUAAAGUGGAAGAAAGGCAUAAUUCUUAGAUUUUUUCAUUACAAUAAUAAAAUAAGGAAAUAAAUAUAUUUUUGAUAAUCAAUUACUUGUAUUGAAUACUUUUUUGGAAAAAGAAGAAUUAUUGUUUACAGAGAAGAAUGAAUUUGUUUUUGAAGGUGAUAUUUAAUUACAUCACUCAGACUUUUUAACAGAUUUAGCUUCUAGUCCUCCAAUGAAUUAACCAUUUCUCUACCAUGCAAAAUUAUUGGAUUUAUUAUUAUAAUGUACAUAAAUUCAAGUUCUUGAAGGUGAUUAGAAAGAUAAUUUUACAAUAAAUGUAGCUAAAUUAAAAAAGAAAUUUACAGCUUAAUAUAUUAUAUAAUUGUUAUGUAAACCAGAUUCUAUAACAAAUAGAAAUCCUUCUAUGUUGGAAUAAGGUUUUGGAUUAAUAAAAAAAUAAUUAUGGAUAUUUUUUAUGAAUGUCCAUAUUACAAGUGAAAAGAGUCAUAAUGUUGGUAAGGAAAUUUAGAAUGAUUUAAUAUUAAUGAUAGAAUUUGAAAUGAAGAGAUUAGAACAUAUUUAAUUUGAUCAUUAAUAAUUGAAAUACUUUGAUUUUUUAAUAGAAGCUAUACUGCCAUUAUUUACAACUUAUUUAAUUAGAAAAAAUAUAUAAAUUCAUUAAGAUGAUGAUGAAGAUGGACAUGAUCAAGAAUAAAAAGAUUUUGCAGCUUUAUUAUAAUUUGCUAAAACUCUAUCAUCUAAAAUAUUAAAUCUUGGAAAAUAUAUAAAUAGAAAAAAACAUGUUUCUAGUUUAAUUGCUUUUUAUUCUUAUUUUCCAUUAACAACUAUGGGCAGAGUUUGUUAAUCUGUUUUAGGUUAAUCUAAACUUAUAGAAGAUUUUGGAGAAUUUAAUAAUUUAAGAGAUGUAUUAUCUAAUAUUUAGGCUGGAGCUAAUGAUAAUUAUUAGGUUGAUUUAAAUGAAUAAGUCAAUCAAAUAUAGAGUGGAAUAUUAUAAAAUCAUGGUGAUCAUCCUGCUCCUAAAACCAUAUUUUAGAGCAAUAAUGUUAAAUCUAAGAUAGGAAUUAUGUCUGCUCUUUCAUCAAAUAAAAAGUAAAAAGAAGAACCAUUAAUUGAAUUUGAGAAAGCAGAGAUUGAAAAAAUAUCUGCAGCUUGGGAAGAAUUUGUUAAUCAAUUAUGUUUAAGUGAUAAAAGUAAAAAUCAUGUUUAAGAUGAAAUGUAAAAAUUAUCUGAAGCUAUUGUUAAGUUUGAAUAAUAUUUUGGAAAUCCAAGUGACAAAACUGAAAAAAAUGAAAAAAUAUUAAAAGUUGAAUAAGUAAUCCUUUUGAAAAAAUUUAUUAAUUUUUUAAGUUAUGCAAUAAAUAGUAAUUAAAAUAAUAAAACUAUUACAACUUUAUUAGGAGUAUUAAAAAGAGUGAUUUAAGGAAAACCAAAGGAAGAAUAAAAAGAAGAACUUGAAGUUGAAGGAGAAAAUAAUGAAAUGGAAGAAAUGCAAAAUUUAUUUAAUAAAUUAGGAGCAACUAGAAUGGUAUUAACAGUUUUAAGUGAAUCAACUAUUCUAGAUGGAGAAAUGUUAAGAAAUUUCUUAAUAUUUAUAAAUACAUUAUUAUCAGGUGGAAACAAUAAAGUAUAAAAAACCAUUUUUGAAUUUAUGAAAACUUAUCCAAAAAGUGAAGUAAUCUUUAGUAGAUUAAAUAAUGUAAUUUAAGCAUAAAUCAAAUAAAUUACAAUGAAAGCUUUAGAUAAAAAAAAUGAAGAAUAAUAAUAAAUUAAUUUUCCUGCUUAAUAAUAAGAAGAUAAUUUAUAAGAAUUAAAAUAACAAUAAGAUUUGGAAUUAUUAUUAACUUAAGUCUUAAAAUUCUUAUAAAAUUGUUGUGAGGGACAUUAUCUAGAUUUACAAAACUAUAUUCGUUAACAAACAAAUUCAAGAAAUUCAUUUAAUAUGAUUAAUUAAGUAGCUGAGUUAUUACUAUCAUAUUAUUAUAAAGAUAGAGCCUAAUAUGAAAAUAUGGUUUUAUGUUUAGAUACUUUGAAUGAAUUAGUUUAAGGUCCCUGUCCUGAGAAUUAGAUUGCAGUUGCUGAUUCCAAAUUCUUUGAAAUAGCUUCAGAUUUAUUUGGUUAAAGAAAGGAGAAAGAUAGUUCUGGAAAAGCUUAAACAAUGGCAUCUAAUAUAAAAACUUCAAAAACUUAGAAUAAUAAAAUGAUGACUGUUAAAACAAGUAGAUAUCAAAAAUAACAAAAGGGAUCUGAUUUAAAAGUUUGGUAAAUUGAAAGAAUGCAAACAAAAUGUUUAAUUUUGAUUCUUUCUUUAAUUGAAAUGAGAGAAAUAUCAGAUUAAAAUCCAAUUAUCAAAAGAAUUAUGAGACAUUUGACACCAACUUUAUUAUAAAAACAUAUGGUAAAAUGUUUUGAUAAAUAUUAAAAAUAAUGUAAAGAAGGCUAUUAAAUUGAAGUUUUAGAUAGAAUUAAGGAAGAUCCAGAAACUGCAAAAUAAGAAGAUAAAGUACAAGAAGAGAAAUACUAUGAAUUAAUAUUGUAAAAAGGCUUUUAUAUCUAUUUUUUAAUGUGUUAUUAUAUGGAAUCAGAGAAAAAUGUAGAAAAUUAAUUUGUAUAAAUGUAUAGAACAAAUACUAGAAAGAAAUUAAAGUAAGAUAAAGGAACAUUAGAAGAUUUAUUAUUUGGUGAUAAUAUUAUUGGUUAAUUAGUGAGUUUUGUGAUGUCAUUUGUAAAUAGUUGGAUUGAUUUAAUGAAUUAAAUUAAGAAAGAAGCACAAAAAUAAAUGGCUACUUAAAUUUAAACAAGUGAAUAAUUAGAAAAAUAAGAAAGAGAAAAAAAGGCUGAAAAAGCAAAAUUGGUUAAAAAAGCAUUUGAUUUUUUCUAUAAAAAUAGUGCAUCUAUUGAAGUUGUUAGAAAUAAUGAGUUGGAAAUUGUUUAUUUUAUACUUUUACCGUAUACUCAUAAUUUACCAAAAGAAUAAAAGGUUGAAUUUCAUGAAAAUGUAGAUAGAUCAUCUACUAAAUCAAAAGUAUAAUUUUUAGUUUAAGAAUCAGAAAGAUUAAUUGAAAUAUGUGAACAUGAAGAAUAAUUAAGACGUAUAUUUUAAAGAUAGAAAUUUCUAGCUUUAUUUGCCAAUUAUGUUAAAUUAUGGAAAGACUUAGCAUUUUUAUUUACAUUAUUAUUAAAUCUAUUUAUAAUAGGAUCAUUUGCUGUUAAUGAAUCAGGUAAUAGAAUAACAGAUUUCAGAUUAUUUAGAGAUGAAUAAUAUUCACCACAACAAACUAGAAAUAUAUUUUUAAUUUGCGGUACUAUUAUGACUUGUUGUUCAAUAUUUGUGGUAUCAUUCUUUUUGUUUAAGAAUGCUCCAUUAAUUAUUAAGAAGGCCUGGAAAACAAAAUUACCUUUUGAAGAUAAGUUUACUUAUUGGCCUAUAUAAUUAAUCUACAAAAUAUUUAAAUUAUUAGCCGUGUUAUUUUAUAUACUUAAAGAAAUUGAAGUUGUUUAUUAUUUAGCUUAUGGAGCUUUAGCUGUAAUAGGAACAGUAUUACAUCCAUUUUUCUUUAGUUUUCAUUUAACAGAGAUAUUAAUACGUUAUCCAACUUUAAAAAAUGUUAUUAAAUCAGUUUGGGAACCUAAAUAAUAAUUAGCUCUCACAUUGGUAUUAUUUAUAAUUCUUGUUUAUGUUUAUGGUCUUAUUGCCUAUACAUUCUUUUUUGAAGAUUAUGCUGGAAAAUGCUAAUCUACAUUGUUUUGUUUUCUAUUUACAUUUGAUUGGACAUUUAAAGCUAAUGGUGGAGUUGGAGGAUACUUAUCAGAUUUAGAAGAUGAAAAUGUAGUUGAAAAAUAUCGUGUAGGUAGAUUUGUAUUUGAUAACACUUCAAAUAUUUUCUUAGUAAUUAUCAUGGUUAAUAUUGUGGCAGGUAUUAUUAUUGAUACAUUUGGGUCUUUGAGAGAAAAAGAAAGUGAUAAAAUUAGAGAUAUUGAAGAUAAAUGUUUUAUUUGUGGAAAUCUUAAAACUAUAUUUGAUAGAUUAACAGAUACAUCAUCAAUGGGUGGAGGUUUUGAUCACCAUAUCAAAGUUAAUCAUUAUAUGUGGAAUUAUGUUUUCUUCAUGGCAUAUCUUAAAUAUAAAGAUCCAACAGAUUAUACUGGUAUUGAAUAAUUUGUUUGGGAAAAAAUAUAAAAGAAAGAUUUAACAUGGUUUCCAUUCAAUAAAGCUAGAGAAUUAUAAAAUCUUAAGUAAGAUGAAGAAGAAGAAUCUAAAAGAGUUGAACGUAUAUCUACAGAUGUAUUAUUUUAUUAAUAUAUUUAGAUUGGUAAUAUUAUGGAUUCUAUGAGAUAAGCAAGUUAAAUGUUAAAUUCUAUUAAAAAUAGAAAAAAAUUAAGAAAUGCUGCCAAAUAACCUGCUGAAUUGCUAUGA